CUUCAUAAGCCCUUUCCUUGGUAGUGUUGGCAGUUGGCACGGUUUUAGGGAAGCCGGUACACUUGGUACACGUCGUUACUGAUGCUAUAUUGGGCUUUUCUGGCAGGUGGUCGAGAAUGCGGAUACGUAGAAGCCUUUUACUACAAGAUCGAACAGAGGUUAAUAGGUUCGUGGAGUGAAGGAGCGAGGCGCUGUAGCGUAGGCGAGGGAUGAUUUCAAGGAGUUACCCAAGUCGAAAGACAAGGUUUCAUGCUUGACUGUGAAAGCAGUUAAUUCAUUUCUGUUUUUACAAGAAACUGAAGACAUUGUUACACAAGAGUAGUAGUUUCAAGAGUUAGUUUGAGCUUCAAUAAAAGACUCAGCGACAUCAUUGUGUUCAGUAGGCGUGAUAAAAUGGGUCAAAGCUGAAUGUAUAUUGUACAAGCAGAAACUGAAAAUUUCAUUUUUUAUCACACUGAAAUUCUUCAUUUAGUGAAAUACAGAAGAAAUAAUUAUGCCCCCCUAUAAAAUAUUACUCUCUCUAUCAGAAAUAUGCACUGAACAAGUGUUGAUCUUACUCUACAAGAGUUGUAGCAUCAGUGCAACACCCAAGGAGCGUAAAGAACAACACAAUUAUGUUUCUUCAACCUUGAAUUCAAACAUUCGGCAACAUCUAAUCAACAUUAUCUUUCAACAAUCCUUGCACAAGCAAAAUUUUACUUGUAAAUGUAUUCUUCUUGAGAUGCUAGGGGACCGUAGUACCCAAACCCUUGACUUCAGUCAGGUUGGCAGUGUGUAUAUUGAUGCACUGUGGCAAUUUUACCGUACUCUCACCAUUAGCUUAAUGAUAAACCUAACCAAGCUUGGGGUGGCCUGUAAUCUGAGGAAAUUGAGUGAUCAGAAAUAUCUUUUAGAUGUUAAUUCUUCUCUUUACCGUGUCUUCAGCCAAAUGAAAAACUUGCGAUGGGUUACAUUGAUUGGUGUGGCAGAUGGGACAUUGCUGGAGAGUCUGGGCACAAAUUGUAUUCACCUUGAAUACCUCAAUGUCAAUGAAUCUUUAAGAAUAAAUGAUGAAGCAAUUGCCGGUCUUCUGCUGAAAGAUCCAGAGCUUGCAGGACAGAAUGAAGAUACCCUCUGCCUCCAAGAUAUCCAGACAAAUCCUUGUGCAUCAAAUCUCAAGGUGGUUGGUGUUAGUGCAACUAGUGUGAGUUUAACAAGUGUUUUUGUCCUUCUUCACUGUGUCCCCAAGCUUAAGUCACUUGGAGGUCCUAUCCAAGCUGGCCCUAUAAGCAGUAUCCUAGAACAUCUAAAUCCAGAAGAUGAGAGCAGGGUUUUAAAGCUGAGUGAGUUAUGGGAGGCAAAAAUUCUUCCUUAUCAAGCAUCGCUCUUGAACAUGAUGUGUCCGAACCUCACUUGCCUCACAUGUGAUGGCUCUUCACUUGACUCCUUAUACAUCAUCAGUUCCAUUUCAGCUCUGACCCUCAAACUCUGCUUCCGAAACUAUGUCAUUGAUAUCUACAACUACCUCUUAGGCAGUGGCCAGAUCCUCAAAAAGCUUGUUUUUGUUGACCAUAUCAAUUGUGGUUUAGACCUGUCAUGGCUAGUUGAACUUACCCCAAACUUGGAGCACCUGGAGGCCACACUUACCAGAGAGGAUGAGGCAGAAGUAGCAGAAUGGCGCUUCCUAAGGGUUGCCAAAGUCACUGUGCAGUCCUCUAAAGUUACAUUUGCAUUGCUGACUCAUGCACCAGUGCUAACAGAUCUAGUCAUCACAUUUGCAAUGGAACCUUAUCAGGAGACCUUUGAAUGCAUCAAUGAUGACCUGAUUAUCAGUGCACUGGUUCACGGUGGUCUUACACAGCUACAAAAGCUGCAUAUUAAUGAAUGUGCUGUAAGCUUGAAGGGAAUAGUGUCCCUCAUUCUACACUGCCCAGAUUUGACAUAUUUGGCACCUCUUGCUUUUUGGCAUGGUGUUAGCCCUCAGGGCAUUUAUGUGCUUCGCAAGCGGAUAAAAGUAAAGAACUGGAAACUCAGAAUUGUCAAGCGUGUAGAGUGGGAAGAUGAACAAGAGCCUUAUGAAAAUCAUGAUAUUUUACAUCAGCUGGCUGCUUGUAAUUGUUUCGAGGGUUCAUAGUAAUUGUAAUAGUUGCUGCAAAGUGUAGAGGCCAAUUGUACUUGCUGUAGUGAGCUAAGGAAAUGAUGUAGAACUGACUGUGGUUAAGGUUUAAUCAGUUGCUGCUCUAUCUUCUCUUUUGUCUUCUUUUCUUUUCUUCCCUCCUUUCCUCCCCCCUUUCCCUCUUGCACCCCAAUCUUCUACUCUUCUUCCUCAUGCAGUGUCUUAACCACCCUUCUUCCUUCUUUGCACCCAUUUUCUAUACCUAUUAUAUGUCAGUUUUGAUAUUUUAUAUACUGAUAUUGUUAUUUAAUAAUUAGAUAACUAUAACUGGUAGUAGUAGAAGUAGAUAGACGUAGUAUCAGAAUAAGUCUUUUUCAUAUAACAGUAGAAUAAAAUCUACAAGUGCAUUUGUUGCCAUGAUGUGAACAUAAAUUGAACAAACACACUGAAUAAAGUAUUUUUGUAAAACAUUUUACUUUCUGGUGAAUAAAAAAAUGUUGCAAAUGACCUUUGUAAUAUAUGUCUUAGUUCUUUUAGAUUUGUUUAUUAGUUUCAUAAUACUUUUUAAUUUGAAAAAAAGUAAAAUAAAUUAAAAGCUAUUUUAUUGAAUUAUAUUUGUAGUAAUUGUACUGAAAAAAGUUAUGUUAAGAGUGUAACUUUUGAAUGUUUAGUCAAGAGAAUUAAAGUUCAAAAAAAUUAUAUGACUUUAAAAGUAUGCAUCAUUACCUUCAAGCUUGAUUUAGAGGCAAAAUUUAAAGUGAUGUAAAAAAAUAUAUAUUGCUUCUAUUUUGACAAAAUAGUUAACACACUAUUUACUAUUUUUAUUUCUGUUCUUUUAUUUAUUUCUCAUUUAUCCAACUUAUCUUUUAUUCUCAUGUCAGUAUAUCAUUUCUAUGAUUUGAACAUUUUAAGAAAAUUUAAUGUAGAAAAUAAUUGAUGAUGCUUGAUUCUUCAUUAAGAAUAUCAUGAUAGCCUCUUACUUAAACUGGAAUGUUGUGUAGAGUGUAUUUACAAAUAUAUUCUCAAAGUUGUCAAUACUAAGUCACGGUUUGAUAGGACCAUCCAAAAAGGUCCCUGUAAACUCAUGAAGGUCCAUGCCAGCGUUUGAGAAUUUUUAAAAACCCAUUGACCUAAGGAGUGAAAAUAUGUAUGACUAACCCAUCUAUUCGUGGACAGUCACACAAAUUUCACACUCCCUGACACAGUUAUUCUUCUAGACUCCAAAAAGGUGUGUGUGUGUAUAAGUGUGUGAUGGUAUUACAGCAGCAUUAAAGUUAAAUUUUCUAUUGUUGACCUUAUCUAAAAGUAUAUUCUUUAAUGUUUAUUACUAGUAACUUUCAGUUAGAAUUAUGAGAUUUUAAGGAAAGGAAAAAUAACAAAAACUUGAUUAAAAGGUUGAUGGACUGAAAAGUGAAUUGAUGUAAGAUCAUAAAGGAACUGAACACAUUUUGUAUGUGGAAUUAAAUGAGACAAGUCUUACAUAUUAUUCAUAUAUUUUUAUUUGUUUAUGCUUGUUAGAGACAACUACAAUUGUCAUUUACAUAAUUUCUGUCUCUCAUUCUCCAAUGUUAGCAAUUUGAGAAAUGAGAUAUGUCUUCCAGAUAGAUAAAUGCCAAUAGUAUGUAUAUGAGAAAGCUUAGAUUAUACCAAGCUUUUAUAAAAUAUUAAUAUUAAAUGUAAAUAUAUAAAUAAACAAACAGAAAAUAAGCAAACAGUAUUUAGCUGUUUUUCACAAUUUAUAAUUUCAUGUGACACAUUCAGGUAUAAACAAGCAAGACCGUGUUUUCUUCCUUGAUAUUUAGAUAUUUUUAGUUGUGUUUUCUA